AUGAAAGGAUAUGCUAUUGCGCUCAUAGCAUGUGGCUGUGUAGCAGCUGUUGUUUUGGUUUUGUAUUGCGGUGGCCGAAAGAAAAAGAGCCACCCGAUCUCUGGCGGUGCUCCUCCUUUACAAGAGAAACGUGAUGUUGAGAAGGGUGAAAUUAUUACACCCAAGAAAAACACGACUGCUUUUGCCAGUAGUGCUUUAUAUCCUUACACUGGUGCCCCUGUAGAUGCGGGUAUUCGUUGUGGUGGUGGAUGGGGGAUUAGCAGCAGCAGUUGGGGUGGAGGUGGUGGAGGUGGUGGCUGUGGUGGCAGUGGCGGUGGUGGUGGAUGUGGCGGUGGCGGUGGUGGUGGAUGUUGA